UCUUUCGCCAAAAACGGAAAUUAAAAUAAGAAGAAGAAGCCUAGGUUUUUCCGGUUACCCUUUCUGGCGUGUUUUGAUUUCUUCGAUCUACCGAUCUCGCGGUGGAAUGGCGAGGGGAAGCUCGCAGUCGCAGACGGCGUCGUCGGCGGGGGGUGGGGCGCGGCCGGCCACGGUGGGGCCUCGUGGGACGCCCGCGGCGGCGGCGGGGAUGCGGAGGCGGAGGCUGGGUGGCGGCGGCUCCGCCGGGGGGUUCGGAGGCGGAGGCGGCGGUGGCGGGGGGAGCAACAUGUUGCGCUUCUACACCGACGACGUCCCCGGGCUCAAGAUGACGCCCACGGUCGUCUUGGUGAUGAGCCUCUGCUUCAUCGGCUUCGUCACCGCCCUCCACGUCUUCGGCAAGCUCUACCGCUACCGCUCCUCCGGUGGCUCUUGAUCCGCCUACCCCCGAUCUAUUGGCGUACGCCGGAGAAAACUAUGUAACAGUUCGUGAUCGCUACCUUUUGUCUUUCCGCUUUUUGAUUGAUUCUAUCUCGUGUUGUUUUGAUCUGAGGGUUUGAAGAAAGAGUACUUCCGAAAUGGAGUCUCAUCUCUUCGUAGGCUCUGAUCUUUUGCACCAAGCUUAUCUUUCCUGUUCUCGCAUUAAUUUGCUCAUAUAUUACAUUGCAUGUUCUCUUUCUGAGAUUGUUCA